AUGAGGAGAAGCAGAAAUCCUUACUGUGAUGGAACAUUCACUUAUUACAACGCUGGAUGCGACCCAUAUAGUCUGAUGGCAGCCUUACCUCAGAUGACUUGGCAAGAUUCUAUCAACUUCUUGGAAGUGAAGUUAUUAGAGUCACUGCUGAAUACAUAUUCCCCAUCCCUGAUGCCCAGAAAUGGAACUGGCCCCCUUGUGGUGGAUGUCAACAUACAGAUGUCUAAUGUGCUUCAUGUGGACAUCAUGCAAUACACUAUCUCAUCCGUCCUUGUGCUCUAUCAGUCAUGGUAUGCUGAACAGCUGGCCUGGAAUGAGACAAAGUUCCCUUUCACCACCAUCACUGUGCCCUGGGGUUCAGUGUGGACUCCUUCCCUCACAGUUAAAGAAUCGCAGAAACCUAUACAGCCUUGCACACAGAAUAAUCUGACAGGGCGCUGUACCGUCUCCCUCUUGGCCAAUGCAAUAACUGAUAGGACUCCUUUUGCUUACCGAAGGUUUGAAGUGACAUGGAAGACAGAGUCGCCUCCCGUAGUGCUUCACAGUGACGGGAAAGUGGAGUUUGCGCUCUCUCUGCGCAUCGACAGCAACUGCAACUUUGAUCUCUUAUACUACCCACGAGACAGCACUCGCUGCACUCUGAGUUUCUCCUCUCUAGCCAACACGGUCAAUGAGCUGGAAUUCAACGUCUCCAUUCAAAACCAGAUUCUGAAUUUAAAGCGUGAAUACCUUGUCACGGACGUGAAAGUCAGCAGCCUGAAGAAUUUGCCACAGCCUUGCUUUGUAGUGAUGGUGAACUUAGAAAACACAGGAAUGCGAGUCGUCCUCUCUGUAAUUGUGCCAAGCCUGGCACUCGUGGUAGCUGAUCUCUGUGGCUUCCUUAUCCCACUCAAAGACAGGCUGGCAUACAUGAUCACCUUGCUGUUGGCUUACCUGGUGUUCCACUCCUCGCUUGUUGGCUCCUUACCAGGCUCUUCUUCCUGCAACCCACUGCUCAGUUAUUACUACAUCAGUCUCCUGGUAUUACUAUUCCUUAGCACAACUGAGACUGUUUUGGUGACAAAGUUGGUUACUGACAACAGUAAUCUCUGGCUGAAUUGUGGAUGUCAGUGGGGAAAGGCAAAGGCUACCACUAUGGUACCUAAAGACCAAAGCAAUAAUCCAGAACAUACAAAAGAUCCUGGGACAAGCGACUGUGGGACAACUGAAGAGUCAUCGCAUCUCAAACAAGCUUCUGCCCAUGUGGACAGGCUCUGCUUCAUCAUCUACUUUGUACUGGUUGUUGUGUUUCAUCUCCUAUUUGCAGCACUCUGGCUCUUUUGGAAAUGUGAAUCUGGGAAGCCUCCAGGAGAAGACUAUUUAGAUGGAAUCAAAUGGGAACAAAAAUAAUGUACCAUCCUUAAAGCCGUGUAAAGCCUUGCUUUGUACUGAGUUGAAGUUAUGCAUAUUUGCCGAUCCUCUAUCUGCAUAAUUUGCUUUGAUCUAAAGAAUUAUAGAAAAUGGAGUGUAUUCAGCAGUCUUCCAGGAGAUGCAUUUUGUGCCUUCAGAUCAUUCUCUGAACUGAUUAAAUUUU